AAAAAUAGCACUGAUACGGCGUUGUGCAAUAUUGCCUACAACAAUAAAAGCGCCCUGUAAAAUCAUUGUUAGUUUGGCUCCACGAAUCGGAAUGUCAUCCUACAAAGCUCUUCACAGCGAUAACGUAGUCCGAAAAUAACUCACUGGAGGAUGCGACAUAUGCAGCACGUGAUGUUGUGGAGUUUGUAUGUAAAGGUCAAGGCUGAAUAGGAAACCUGAAGUAAGUGGAUUACUUGGGUCGCUCACGGAUCUCUCAGGUGUGAUCCUACGUGUGCUUACAAGAAAUAACCGGUGACAAUGUCUGAUCCGACGCCUAACCGUAAUCCCGAAAUCAAAUACAAGCAACUGUUCAUCAACAAUGAGUGGGUGGACGCGCAGAGUGGACGCACCUUCUCGACCUUGAACCCGUGCACAGGGGAGGUAAUCUGUGAGAUACAGGAGGCAGACAAGGCUGAUGUGGACCUGGCAGUAGCAUCAGCCCGGUCGGCCUUCAGGACAGGGUCAGCAUGGAGGACGAUGGACGCAUCCAAGAGAGCAGCUCUCAUCACCAAGUUUGCAGAUCUGCUGGAGCGGGACAAGGAGUACAUCGCAAGUCUGGAGACUCUGGAUAAUGGGAAGCCAUUCCUGGAUUCUGUAGAUGACAUCGGAGCAACCAUUGACUGUUUCCGCUACUUCGCCGGCUGGUGUGACAAGAUCACUGGUCAGACAAUCCCUGUUGAUGGAAGCUACUUCACGUUCACACGGCGCGAGCCUGUUGGUGUGUGCGGACAGAUCAUCCCGUGGAACUACCCCCUGGCCAUGGUGUCAUGGAAGUGGGCUCCAGCUCUCGUCUGUGGCUGUACCAUCGUUCUGAAACCUGCAGAACAGACACCCAUCACCGCUCUGUAUGCUGGGGCUCUCAUUAAGGAGGCAGGAUUCCCCCCAGGAGUUGUCAACAUUGUUCCUGAAGUUGGACCCACGGCCAUGCCAUCGCUGAAACACAUGGACGUGGACAAGGUGGCCUUCACUGGCUCCACUGAAGUGGGCCACCUCAUCAUGCAGGCUGCCGGACGCAGCAACCUGAAGAGGGUCAGUCUGGAGCUCGGGGGGAAGAGUCCUCUCAUCAUCCUUGCUGAUGCUGACGUGGAAGAUGCAGCCAUGUGGGCCCAUGCCGCCAUCAUGACCAACCACGGCCAGAACUGCUGUGCAGGGUCAAGGACGUUCGUGCAGGAAGGGAUCUAUGAAAUUAAAUUGGAGGUCGCGAAAACCAUGGCAGAGAACCGCAUCGUAGGAGAUCCGUAUGAUGUCAUGACGCAGCAGGGGCCUCAGGUGGACGAUGCACAGUUCAAAAAGAUCCUGGACAUGAUAAAGAGUGGCAAGGAUGAAGGUGCCAAGCUGCAGUACGGGGGCGAGAGAUGGGGGAACAAGGGCUACUUCAUCAAGCCUACAGUGUUCUCCGAUGUCACUGACAACAUGAGGAUAGCUAGGGAGGAGAUAUUCGGACCGGUACAGUCCAUCAUCAAGUUCCGUGACGUGGAGGAGGUUCUAGAGAGAGCCAACGCCACCAAGCACGGGGUCGGCGUCAUCACAAACGACAUUAACAAGGCACUCAUGCUGUCACAGAAGCUCCAGGCCGGCAGUGUGUGGGUGAACUGCUAUGAUAUUGUGACCUGCCAGACGCCAUUUGUCGGCUAUAAGAUGUCGGGUCAAGGGAGAGAACUGGGUGAGGAGGCUCUCAAACAAUACACUGAGACUAAAACGGUGACCAUCAAAAUCCCACAGAAGAACUCCUAGCAGCCAUGUGAGAUAAAAGACCUUUCAAACUAUGGAAGACAAUCUGUGCCAUAAUUGUGUGGUUUCCUUCAUUCGCAUAUAUACACACAGAUGUUGGGAGAAGCUGCUUUCCUCAGGACUCAUUUCAAAGUUUUCUAUAACCAUGGUAACCUGUUAAGUAUGCCUAUAUAUUUACUCAGAUAUCAGCAUUUUUCUACUCAUCACACAAAGUAUUAUUUUUAUGUACUGUGAUGGAAAUUCCUUGAAGCUGUAUGGAAGAGGGAUGUCCGAACACUUCCUGUGUUUUCCAAGGUUGUGAGUGCUUGAACAAACAACAACCAAUACAAAAUGAAGUCACAACAUGCAUGAAUGCAUUUAUGUCCGGUAAUCAUAUUUCUGCUCAAAACAUUUUACUGGAGUUUACAUAUUUACACAAGUGUAGCUUUUGUCCUUCAAAAGUAAAAAUAACCUAUAUUUGUUUCAAUGAAUGUACACGGUGAAUCCUAACCCUGUUACAAAUCAUUCCCAGGUUGUUUUGAACCAUGCGCACAAACCUGACCUCUGUGACUCGUCAAUGUCUGUGAUCAACAAAUAAGGGCAUUUUUUCCACACAUGCUGCAAUACACAUGUAGUUUAUCAAGUCUUUAUUGUAUGUAGUCUUUCAUGCAGGUUGUGUGCUGACAACAUGUAGUUAAUCAAGUCUUUAUUGUAGUCUUUCAUGCAGGUUGUGUGCUGACAACAUUUUAAGAAGCACAAAUUUCUUACAUUAAACAGAACUCAACUUUUUUACUUUGUUGUCAUUACAUGAUGCGGACGUCUUUGUUAAGCAGAUUAAGUCAUCAUUAUCCAGUCUUAUACCGAGUGAGGAGGUAACGUUGACUUGUCUGUUGUAAAUAAAAGAUGAGUUUUGUC